ACAACGAGUUCUCAUGAACUUCUGGUUUACUCAAUUCUCAUGAAAAAUAUUACCGUUUUGGGAAAAUUUUUGCUAUUUAUCUUUGAGAUUAAUAGAUGGUAGCAUCUUAUUGUGAACAUACUGAUUGUAUCAACGAUCGAACCUCGAGUUUGAGCAGCAAAGUUCAAGUGUGAGAGGUGAGAUAUUGAUGAUGAUGAGAGAGAAAAAAAUCAGAUUCAAGUUCAGACACAUGAUAAACUCACUGAGUAACUUUCAUUUCCUCAUUUGAUCAUCAUCAUCAUCAUUUCUCUUCCUCAAUUCCACUUACGUUUCAUCAUCAUCUCUCAACAACUACUACUAUUAAUUUAUAUAAGUGUCCACAGAAAAAGGUGACAAUGUUAAUCGCGAUCGGAUAAAAUAUAACCAACAGAGUUAAAAUUGUCUACAAUUAACAAGAAAUUCAACUUUAAAUAUCUUCUUCACCAUUAACUCUGAAAAUGUGCCAAAGUUUUUAUCGAAUUAGAUCAAUUUUAAUUAUUCUUCUCAUUGAAUUUAAUAAGUUUACUAUUGGUAAUCUGACAAUUAAUCAGCUCAACGAGUCAACAUUAUCCAUUCAUCCCUGGUUACCCAUAGGUAACUUUACAGGUAUCAUAAUUAACGACAAUAGUGCUAAUCAAAGUUACUACAAUUACAAUUAUGUUUACAAUGUAACAUCCGAUCAACAAUCAACUUCAUCGGAUAAAAUUAGUGAUGAAAUUGAUACUGGUGAUGGUGAAAUUGAAACAAUAUAUCAAAAGAUUGGAAAUAAUUUCAGUGAUAAAGUGAAUGAGGUUAAGAUUAACACUAAUCUGGAUGAAUCUUCAUUAUCAUUUCCUGAUGAUUCACCCACCAAGGAGGAAGAUUAUGCUGGAGGUAAUUAUGGUAAUGAAGAUGAUAUUCUUGGAUCUGAAGGUGGAAAUGGUAACUUUGCAUCUCAGGAAGAUGAGGAAGGAUUAACAUGAUUCAAUUUCCUUUUUAUCGGUGAUAAUUUUCAUCUCUUUCUCUCUCUCAAUGUCACUCUGUCUUUUUCUUCAAUCAUUAUAAAGUUGUAAAUCUUAAAGAAAAAGAGAUGAAUCGAAAAGAACAAAAAGAAAAUUGGAAUUUUGGAUACUCAUUUACUCCACUUUUCCAUGUGUAUUUUCACAUAGAAAUUCUGAACAACAAAGGAUUACAAGAGUUCCAAUGGAUUAACAUUUGAUUAUUCAUCAUGAACAGUUUAUAAAUAUUAUCAAUCUAAUGGCUAAUUGGACAUUUGAAAUAAUAGUUGAGAAACUUUUACAAUGUAUCGAAAUAAAUUCGAUUCCAAGAAUCUUGAUAAAUGAAUUUAAAUUGUAAAAUGUUGAUUAUUUGAAUAAAAUAGAAAUUCCCAUGAAA